AAGAUACUAGAGGUGCUGGCUUGUGCAAGGGGUAGAAUUCCAGGGAGCAGCCAUUGAAUAAUACAUAUAUCUGCAUCUUCAACUGUACACUCAACCAGACUGGUUCAUGGAUGUGGCAGCCAGUGCUUCUUUGAGAACACGUUACGCAGACUGCUGCUGAUUUGUGAGAGAAGCUUCCCAGGUGUCAGGAUGACCGAGCGGUAUGACUGCCACUACUGCAAGGAGUCCCUGUUUGGGAAGAAGUACGUCCUUCGGGAGGAGAAUCCGUACUGUGUCAAGUGCUAUGAGAGCCUGUACUCCAAUGCCUGUGAGGAAUGCAAAAAACCCAUCGGCUGCAACAGCAAAGACCUGUCCUACAAAGACCGCCACUGGCAUGAAGACUGCUUCCAUUGUUUCCAGUGCAAGCGCUCACUGGUAGACAAGCCAUUCUCUGCCAAGGAGGAGCAGCUGCUGUGCACCGAGUGCUAUUCCAAUGAGUACUCCUCCAAAUGCCAUGAGUGCAAGAAGACUGUUAUGCCAGGCACUCGUAAAAUGGAGCAUAAGGGCAACAGCUGGCAUGAGACCUGCUUCAUCUGCCAGCGUUGCCAACAGCCCAUUGGAACCAAGAGCUUUAUUCCCAAGGACAAUCAGAACUACUGCGUGCCAUGCUAUGAGAAGCAGUUUGCCAUGCAAUGUGUGCAGUGCAAGAAGCCCAUCACCACUGGAGGAGUGACUUACCGUGAUCAGCCCUGGCACAAGGAUUGCUUUCUCUGUACAGGAUGCAAGAAUCAGUUAUCUGGACAACGCUUCACUUCUCGGGACGACUUCCCUUAUUGCCUCAACUGCUUCUGUAACCUGUAUGCAAAGAAAUGUGCAGGAUGCACUAAUCCAAUCAGUGGAAUUGGAGGAAGCAAGUACAUCUCCUUUGAAGAACGUCAGUGGCACAAUGACUGCUUCAACUGCAAGAAAUGUUCUGUUUCCUUGGUGGGGCGAGGCUUCCUUGCAGAGAGAGACGAUGUCCUUUGCCCUGAAUGUGGCAAGGAUAUCUAAAAACCACUAAAAACCAUACUGUUACGAAAAUGCCUAUAAUCAAUUCUAAUAAUAAUAAAACCUACUAUACUUCUAAUAACAAAGAAACUAUUCGAGUGAAUAUAGCAAAUUCCUAACUAAACUAACCUCUGAAGUUCAGAUAGUACGGUAGAAGCAGUGUGCGGAGCUGAUGCAUGCACUAAAAUGAGAUUUCCUCUGAAGGUAUUUUAUGUGUUAGCAUGUGCAAGUGUUUGAUAUGCAAUAUAAACAAAAUUGGUACAAACAAUAUGCUACUUCCUUUUUGUAAGUGAACUGUAAAUCUCAACCCAAAGAGCAAAGUAUCUGUUUGUUAUGUAUUUUAAAAAGUGGUACACAGUUAUGAAGAGUUUUAUACUGAUAACCAAUAUGAAAAAAAGCAGAGUGCCAAUAGGUCUAUAAUAUACUGCAGAGUCCUGCACUACAGUAUACUACAGGAAUCGAUAUUGUUUUGCAUGGCAAUACAAUAUAUAAUUAUUUACAUGGGAAUUAAUAGUUAGUGAAUGGUAUGUGUUAUUGUGAAGGAAAAGUCUAACAAAAAAGAGGUUUUAGUUAAAGCCCCAAGAGUACAUCAGUUUUUCAUGUAAUCAUUUUUAGCAAAGUCACGGUGUUGCUUUUAUUUUUAAUGCACUGUUUUUUCAGUAUUAAUAAAUAUUUUAAAAUUG